UAUUCUUUUACAACGAUCGAUCGGACUAUAUAAACGAACUCGAUUUCGACUUUAACCAUCAAUCGAUCCUCAACUCUACACGAGCUUUCGAAGUUAUCAAUCAACCAGAACUAUUAUUUUCACACUGACAAUCAACAUGAAGUGCUUCGCCGCUAUCGUUCUGCUAGCCAUGAUCGCAACAAUGGCCUUAGCCGAUACGAAACCUGCCGAUGCGGAGUCGAUCGAGCCAUCUAAUGCAGCGAACCCAAUAGAAACUGAAAGUGCAAGGAACAAACGAGGAUUAUUGGUUGGCGCUGCGUACACUGCACCGAUUGCAUAUACUGCUCCAGUGACGUAUACAUCAGCAGCGUAUGCCUAUCCCUACGCAUACAGACCUGCAUAUACUGCCUACCCCUAUUAUGCAGCUGCUGCAUACAGCGCACCCUACAUCGUGGCCUAGAUAAUGACGACAUACGACGAGCUUUUACCUGACACCAGAACUGAAUACAGUCGUUAACGUUCUGCUACUCUUAAAGGUCUUUUCUUUUUUUUCUUUGUUUUCUUGUUUAUUCGUUUUUCUUUCUUUCUUUAUCUUUUUUCUUUUUAAUUGUUCUUUUUCCAUCCUCUUUCAUAUAUAAAGCAAAAUAAAUUCGUACACUCGCCAUGUCAAAGAAAAUCUAUUCGGAAUCUAUGUAUAUAUACUCACACAUAUAAGAACAUAUAUAUUAUAUAUAUAUAUAUGUGUGUAUCUGUGUGUGUGUGUGUAUAUAUAUAUAUAUAUAAAAAGAAAAAAAAAAUCGCACGUACGAUACAAGAGCUUUUUUUACUUUCUCUCUUUCUUUUUUAUAAGCUCUUUUUCCUUUGUUCGUAUAUUUUUUUGUUUUCGACUUCUUUUUUUUUUCUCUCUCGAAUUUUUCUCUUUUAUUUCACACGAAACGGAGGAUAUAAUACAACGUGGAAAUAGUUUUAGAGAUAAUAGAUAAUAGCUAGAGAAAUUUGUUUGUUUGUUUUGUUAGUUUAUUUUUUUUCCUUUUUUGUUUUUUUUUGUUCUUUUUUUUUUUUUUUUUUUCCUUGACGAUACGCUGACAAUAUCCUCCUUUCGUUAUGAUACUUUCUCAAUUAAACUAUAUAAAUAUAUAAAUUGUUCGAUGUAUUUUAUUUUUGAGAAUAAGAAAAGAAUACUUAAGAUGUAUGUAAAAUGUCUGUAAAAGAUCUUUAAUAUCUAUGUAAACAAUGUUUAAUCAAUGCUAAUAAAUAUCAUAUUAUAUGCAUAUUAACAAAUACAACAACAA